ACUGUCUUUAACUCCAUUUAUUUAUAAGCCUUUUGUGUAAACAGAUAGAAACUAGUAUUCCGUGCAAUCUCGAGCACGGCCAGAUGAACGAUGUGAACGUGUGAUUGUACACGUUCCGAAUGUGAACUCUUUUUAGUUAGUACGUAAUGUUUGCCGAGUCUUCUGUCGUUAAGCCGCUCACAUUGUGUGAAAUGAAAUCUUGAAUGUAAAUUGUGCCCAAAAAUUUUUUAUCAUUGCUUUAAAGUUGAUAACUAUAAAAUAAUAAAAAAAUUGUGUCAUUAGUUUUUGAUUUUACUAUUUUGUGAUAAAAAUAAAAUUGUGUGCAUAUAUAAUAAAUAAAUACGUUGAAGACGUUGCUAUAAGUGGUGGUAGUGCAUUUGUUUAUUUUUAGAAUUCGCAAUUUGCAGUCAUGUAAUUAUUCCGGUGGCGCUAAAAUGUCUCAAAGGGAUACAGCGAUACAUCUUGUGGCUGGAGGGCUUGCAGGCACUGCGGGUGCUGUGGUAACAUGCCCUCUAGAAGUAGUAAAGACAAGACUUCAGUCUUCAAAGGGUGUGGGUAUUCCACCCCCACCUCCAUCUGGUGCUGCUAAUGCAAAGCGAGUUUGCUCUAAGAUUCCCAAACAUCAGGAGGGCAAAUGGGGCUACAGACGUACGAUGGGCGCAAUGUUCGCCUACAGCAAGCAAGCAGAUCGAAUGCUGAUGUCCUACAAUUACCAGGUGCAGCAGUGUGCGAGGGCGGGCCACGCUCGGACAGCCGGGAGUAUGACCCUUAUACAGUGCCUCAGGCACAUCGUACAAAACGAAGGCGCCCGCGCGUUGUUCAAGGGUCUCGGACCGAACAUAGUGGGCGUGGCGCCCUCCAGAGCGAUCUACUUCUGUACAUACUCCCAGGCUAAGGCCAUCCUCAACCAGCACCUUCCACCGGACACGCCCAUCGUACAUCUCUCAGCGGCCAGCGCAGCGGGAUUCGUAUCGUGUACGAUGACUAAUCCGAUUUGGUUCGUGAAGACUCGUUUACAACUCGACGGUCAGAACAUCACAGCUUGGCAAUGUAUUAAAAGGAUAUACACUAAAACUGGCGUAAGAGGUUUCUACAAAGGCAUAACGGCGUCAUAUAUGGGCAUCAGCGAGACGGUGGUCCACUUCGUGCUGUACGAGGGCGUGAAGGCGCGACUCAUGGCCGCGCGGGCCAUGGACGGCGUGCCGUCCGACCAGCGCUCGCCGCGGGACUUCAUCGAGUUCAUGGGAGCGGGCGCCUUCUCCAAAACCGUCGCUUCUUGCAUCGCGUAUCCACACGAGGUAGCGAGGACACGGUUGAGGGAAGAAGGCGACAAGUAUCGAAAAUUUUGGCAGACACUUCAUACGGUUUGGAUGGAGGAAGGCUAUCGUGGAGUUUAUAGGGGCCUCGGAACUCAGCUUGUCCGUCAGAUACCGAACACAGCCAUAAUGAUGUCCACGUACGAAGCUGUCGUUUACCUCCUCACGACACACUUCAAUAAUUCCUUCUAUGAGAACACUUAGUCAGAGAGCAGAAAAGAACCUGUGAUUCCCGUAGAGAGCUCCAGGCUCGACUGUUAGACAAUUGGCAUUGGGACGGCUCGUUGACCUAAAUUAUUUCUAGAUCAACCGUGUCCCACUUAACUUGUGGUAUUAGGUCAUACUCCCAAAAGUAGGUCUUUCCAAUGAAAAAUUUAUGGAUUUUAUGUAAAUAGAACCACAUAAAGUUAUAUUUAUAAGGGAGUUUGUAGAUCAAGAAGUAGAUUACUAUAUUUGUGUCUUAUCGAACAGUCUUCUAUGUCCAUAUAUAUCAAUAUUGGUAUUAUUAGUCAGAGAACGAGUCAAUAUUGUUUUAUUUCAAAUAUUAUAAGCAAUUUUCAUAAGUAAGCCAUGGUCAUUUUUUAAACCAGUUAUAAGUGUGUUGCUAAGUCGAAAAGUAGUGGAUCAAUAAAUAAAUACAUUAAGGUAUGUUGCCACUGAACUAGUUGGCAAUAUCUGUGUUUGAAAUUCCUUAGAAAUUCUUUGAUUCCAUUUAACUCCUCAGCUAAUUAAAUGAAGUUAAUAGUCGUUUUUGGAACCGAGCAAGUAUAAGCAUAGACUAAUUCGGUAUCUACAACACGCGCUUAAAAGAGACCUGAUUCUGGACAUUUAUGGGGAAUUCCCGUCGUAAACUUCAACAGAAACUUUUGACACACAGAACUGUAUUGCCAUCACAAAUGUUGCCGAUUCGUUUUGUGGGGGGACGCGGCUUUGAAUAAUGCAACACGAAAAAUUUACUAUACUGUUGUUUAUUUUAAUGUGCUUACAUUAAAAUUCUACAUACAAAAGUCAACAAUUAUUAGAUGUUAAAUUGUUAACUAAGUGUUGUGUUUCAGUGUAAGAAUUUAUAAUUUAAAAAAAAGAAAAUUUUUAAGUCUCUAUUUUAAUACUAUUUGAUGUUAUUUGUUUUUCAAGUAAAGAAGUUUAUUUUAUAAUUUCACGUGAACAGCUUAUAUGUAUGGGGAAAUAGAGUAUUUGUUACGAGCCUACAAAAAUGUAUUGCAGAUUUUUUUCUAAAAUGAUUUAUACUCUCUAUUGCUUUAAACUGCAAUAUUUAUUUCACUUGAAUUGUUAUGUAACAUUAUAAUUAUUAUGUAAAAAUUCUAUUGUAUUGUUUUUCAAUUCCAAUUGUAUAACUUUAUGCCAUGUGAUAAUUUUAUGCAAAUUUGAUUUAAAUUAGACGAAUGGUUCAAUAUAAUUUUCCGUUUCAGAACUACAUUCAAAUUUAAGAUUGUUAAACAACAUUUUCUUUAUUGAAAUGUAAGGCUUUGUAAAUUCAAGUACCCAUACUAAACUAAAACCCAAGAUUUGUAGUUAUAAUUGAUUUUAUGAAUAUCCAUUAAAUAUUCUUCAGCAGUUAGCACAGAAUUAGUAAGUUGUGAGCUGUGAUAUAGCACAUUGUAAAUAUUAGUUACUUUGAUAUUUUUAUUACAUAGAGCUCUUUUCAAGGUUUGAAAUACAUUUUGUCAUGAAGGCUUUCCUUAUCGAUCUAGCUGUAAGUUUUUUUAAUCAGCAAAUCAGGAUAUAAAAAUAUUAUGUAGAUUUAAUGUUGAUUCUUGUUAACUUAGGAACUGGUAAGUAGACUUCUGAUUGUAUAUUUGUUACUGGAAAGAUUUUGGACGUAUGUCAGACUGAGUAUAAGAUACUAUUAAAUUUGUUUAUUGAUUAAAUGAUUAAAAAAUA